AUGACCGGCUCUAACGAGGCGAAGAUAAGGUUCUACGAAGACCUGCACGCACUCAUGGCGACUGCUCCGAAGGCGGAUAGGUUGACUGUCCUUGGUGACUCAAACGCCCCCGUCAGCACAGAUCAUGCUGCCUGGAGAGGAGUGCUGGGUCUCCAUUGUCUCGACGGCUCCAACGAAAAUGGCCUGCACCUUCUACGAACCUGCGCAGAACACCGGCUCAUCCUAACCAACACCUUCUUCCGCCUUCCGAAGCGAGAGAAGGCCAUCUGGAUGCAUCCUCGGUCGCGUCAGUGGCACCUGCUGAACUAUGUUUUCGUCUGGAGGCGAGACCAGCGGGACGUGCCGAUGACAAAGGUGAUUCCGGGUGCUAAUGGAUGGACCGACCAUUGCCUCGUCAUCUCCAAGAUGCGGAUUUGACUACAGCCUCACAGGAGACCUUAGGGUUAGCGACCUCAGGUGAGCUGAAUAUUGCUCUGUUGUCUUUGCCUGCUCACCAUCUCCAAUUCAGCAAUGAACGAGAAUUCCAGUUGCCUCCGCCGUCACCGUCGCCGCCGCCAUCAAGGAGAAUGCCUCCGUUGAGAACCGAUGGUGUCAACUGCGGGAUACAGUCCAGUCGACGGCCCUGGCUGUCUUCGGUCGCUCACGCCGCCAAAAUCAGGACUGGUUCGAUGACAACGACGCCAACAUCAGCAACCUGCUCGCCGAAAAGAACCGACUGCGCAAAGCCUACGUCAACUGCCCCACCGAUUACAACAGAGCAGCCUUCGACCGUAGUCACCGCCUUGUGAAACAGCUGCUGCUGGAGAUGAAGGACGCCUGGACGGCUCGUAAGGCCGAGGAAAUCCAAGGGUACGCGGACUGCAACGAAUGGAAGGAUUUCUUCUCCGCGAUCAAGGCUGACUACGGUCCGCAAACCAAAGCUACUACUCCUCUCCUCGGCGCUGACGGCAGUACCCUACUCACUGGAAAGACGUAAAUUCCACAGCGAUGGGCCGAGCACUUCAGAAGCGCCCUCGACCGUUCCUCCGCCAUCUCCAACGCUGUCAUCGCCCGUCUGUCUCAAGUGGAGACCAACGCUGACCUCGACCUCCCGCCCUCUCUCCCCGAAACUAUUGAGGCCGUGCAACAACCCUUCAACAGGAAAUCGGCCGGAUCGGACACGAUCCCUGCUGAGAUCUACAAACACGGUGCCCCCCAACUCAUGGGUAAUCUAAAGGCGCUGUUCCAGGAGAUGUGGUGUGAAGGACAAGUCCCGCAGCAUUUCAAGGACGCCACAAUCGUGCACCUCCACAAGCGGAAAGGGAACUGCUAG